AUGGAGGGAUCCCAGGACUUUCUGAGCGGGAAACUCCGGCUCUGCUUCACACCGGCUGCCCGGACCAGCCUCCUGCUUCUCAGACUCAACGAGGCGGCGCUGCGGGCGCUGCAGGAGUGUCAGCGGCAACAGGUUCGGCCGGUGAUCUCUUUCCAAGGCAACCGAGGGUACCUGAGGCUCCCAGGUCCCCGAUGGUCUUGCGUCUUCUCCUUCAUAGUGUCCCAGUGUGGCCAGGAGCUUAGUAGUGGUGGUGGUGGCUUGGACCUUGUGUGCCAGCGCUUAGGCAGAUCUGGACCUAAUCGCCUCCACUGCCUGGGCCCACUCAGGGAGCGCCUCACUAUUUGGGCAGCCAUGGAUUCUAUCCCAGCCCCAUCUUCAGUUCAGAGAUACAACCUGACUGGAGAUGCAAGAAAUCCUGAGAGUUGGCAGAAUGUGGAAGACUAUUCUGAAGAAUCGGCAGUUUCACAGCCACAGAUGGUACUAGAAGAGGUGCCAGACCCACUGGCAACCAGCCAAGGACGGUCACUCCCAGGAUCCUCAAGGGAACACAUAACACAAUGGGAAGUGAGGAACCAUACUCAUCUUCCAAACAGAGAGCAGGAUCAGAUACUUCCUUCCUCUGUUAGCCAGAAACAUCUGGACAAGAAACGUUCAGCGUCUGGAGCCACUACAGAACUGAAAGAAAAGAGGCCCAGAACUCUGUCUCCAGCUCCAAGUCCCCUACAAGGGCUACCCGGUCAAGAUCCACAAGAAGAAGAUUGGGAACAAGAAGAUAAAGAUGAAGACAUGGGUCCCAGACUGGGGCAUAGUCCUUCAGUACAAGCAGACUCUGAAUCCUCAAGUCCUGAAGAGGUUCCAGAUUACCUUCUGCAAUAUAGGGCCAUCCACAGUGCAGAGCAGCAACAUGCUUAUGAGCAGGACUUUGAGACAGACUAUGCUGAAUACCGCAUCCUGCAUGCUCGUGUUGGGGCUGCAAGCCAAAGGUUCAUAGAACUUGGAGCUGAGAUCAAGAGAGUGCAACGAGGAACUCCAGAACACAAAGUGCUUGAAGAAAAGAUAGUGCAGGAGUAUAAAAAGUUCAGGAAGCGGUAUCCGGGUUACAGGGAAGAAAAGCGUCGCUGUGAGUACCUGCAUCAGAAAUUGGCCCACAUUAAAGGUCUCAUCCUGGAGUUUGAGGAAAAGAACAGAGGCAGUUGAAGCUGUCAGGAGGCUUUUGACAAUUUGCCCACUGAGAUAAUGAAGAACCAAGCAGCUAUAGAGUGCAAU